CAAAGUCUAGUGUAGAACCAAGAAAUCAGUGCUUUGGGUGUCAACACCUACUGAGCUCAGACCAAAGAUAAAACCAGUUUUCUGUAGCACACCUUUACUUAAACUCACAAUGGAUCGAAAGGGCCGAAAUACACUGCGUCGAACUGCUCGGCUAACCAGACGCAGGCGCUCCACAGGAGGUGACGAGCUCGGCAGGAUCAAGGCUACUGAGCAGCCGAGGGUGGAGCCUCCCUUGGAGCCCAGGACGCAGCAACGGGUCUUCCUCUACAUCCAGCUGAACGAAAUGAGCAAGCUGCCCAAGACGGAGCAUCCUCUGGAGCUGCACCUCUACCAUCCGAAGAACACACUGCAGAAGAUGCAGGAGCGCUACACCACAGAGACCAUCAUCUAUCAGCACGAGUUCAGUCUGAAGAAACCCGUAUUUGCCAUGGGUGUGAUGCAGGACGAUAUCGAGGACAUGAACACGUUCAGCGAUCAGCCGCUGCUGAUUUCUCUCUAUCAAAGGAUUCCGCGGCGCCGCAAGGGAGGAUCUGGAAAGGGCAAGUCAACGAAAAGGGGCACAUCCUCGUCGCAAGAAAUAAAUCAAUUAAUUACAAAGGCUUCGGGGAGCAAUGUGCACGUGCCCCAUGAAAAAUCGAGCAAGAGGUCAUCCGAACUCGAUGGUGAGGAGGCUGGGGAGGAAGGUGAGGGCGGUGCCUUUUUGGAGGGGCGUCUGGAACUCCUAUCUCGCGGCCACUGCGAUCUGCUGCAGCUUUUCCAGCGACGCCGCUUUAUAAGCGACAUCACCAUCUAUCUGUAUCCGGAGUACCGGUCGAAAAAGAUUAACGACAAAAUCACCACGUGCAGCGUUUGGCACAUGUACUCCAUUCUGCCCAUCCUGAAGAACUUUACCUUCACGAAUUUGGCUUUUCUGACCCUGGAAUCAAUAUACAAUGUUCCCGAAGAGCUGCACUCGAAAUCCGCCGAAUUGGGCCUCAGUGUUUCCUUUCGUUCAAAGGAGCCGCAGGAGUCGGAUGGUUCUCUUAGGGUGAUUCCCUUGUGCACCUACUCAGGAUUCAUUUCACAGAUCAUCAGUGACCAGAACACCAUCAUCGUGUGGGAGAACAUCAAGCGGGAUCUGCACCUCGACAUGCACUUCAGCUUCAACCAAAUGGAGACCAAUUCCAGGAUAAAGCUUCCAAAGCUGCUUCGCAUGCUGCUUUGGGAACAGGACGUUGACUUUCAGAUCUACAAAAUUGAUCCUGUUUCGGACCUGGCCUUGAUCAACAACUCUCUGCACCGUUUCGUUCUCAACGAGCAAAUGAGAAAAAUCCUCGAGGAGGCUGUGGUUCACAAUGACUACGAGUUGUUGCUGCAACUGUACCAGGAGACGCCCAGCAAUGUCCUGUACGAGGGCGUCCUUAAUCCCAGCAUAUUUGGCUACCCAGGAGGUGAGGGUUCCCAGUUAAUAGACAUCUUAACACGGUACUGCGUACCUUCCCCAGUGAAUUACUGCCGCUUUGCAUGCAGGCUGAGUCCCGUUUUCGCACCUACCAUCAAGCUAAGCCUACCAAGGGAUACCAUGGUAAUGGGCCCAAUGUUCUGCACCUUCAAGAUUUGCUUCUUUCAGCCAAUCUGCGAGCGCAAUGAACCUCUGGACAAGUACAAUGAGAGCCUCCUCAAAAGCGCAAAGCUGCGCCGCUGCUUCGACAUGGAGUUCGUCAAGGAGGACGAGACGGAUGAGGAUGUGCUCCUUGAGCUCUACCGCGCCUUUGAUGAUCUCAUACGCGAUACAAUCGGGUACAUAAUCAAGCGAGAUGUGCAGGACAUCAGUGAUAGGAAGGACUUCUUUUGCUGCCAGCUGGGCAACCUCUGCAAUCUGGUGCUGAAAAUAUGCGGCUGCGACUUCAACAUACGCAUGCCAACCAAAACGAACAUUGAGUUCAGAGAAAUGCUGACCCACAUGUAUGAGGAGCUGAUGGAGCGCAUUGAGGGUGUGUUUACCGCCUGCUGUUGGAAAAAUAAUGCCGACAGUACGUCGAACCAGGAUCGUGGCUUGAAUCGGCUGAUGCAUGAUAUGCGACUGGUCAGCUGCACUGGCCAACGCGAUUUGGCCAUUCAUAUGUACGAAGAGAUCGAUCACAGCACCACCAACCGCAUCAUAUUCGACUUCUUAACCCUGCUAAACAGCGUCGAAACCCUGCAGUUUGAACAGGCGGCGAGAUACUUCACGAAACCCCGAACCACCGAUUGGAGUGGCUACUACUUUACUCUGGUCUUGCAGCUCUAUAUUAACUAUAUGAUGGACCUUAGAUCGACAGACGAAGAGGUCUUGAGCACGGCCAAAUCGAAUAUGAUCGAGAGUCUGCGCCAGUUUGCCGAUAAGAACAGAAUGGAAUCAGAAAUCUGGAUCCUUUUGUACUGCUACUACAAGGAGUAUUAUUACUUACCCGGCAUGGAGUUGACGCGCUGGAAAUUCCUGAAUCUUCAGCAAAUUGCACCCAAGACACUUAGCUUCACUCCUACUUCGCUUUACGAACUAUACUUGCCGGUCGACUUUGAUAUGAAGAGCUCAUCCACCUCGAUGAAUACUCAGUUUUUCCCCGUCUUCAAGCUAUUUGCCCGCCUAGGAGCAUACGCAUUUGCGGAAAUUGUAUUUUCCGACAUAGAACAGUGUUUUACGGAGGCUGAAGCCUAUCUUAUAACCACCACCUUGAAGAUACUGCAGCGCCAGAUCGAUGACAAGUUCAAUAUCAUUAAGAUGCCUACGGACAACAGUGCGGCGGGAAAGUUGAAGGAAAUAACUAUACAGCGCUGUUACCAACUGCACAUCAACGGCAGUGUGGAGUAUUCACGAGGGCGCUGUGAUGAGGCCUUAAGAUACUUUCAGGAGUUAUUCUCAGUGGUGGAUCCGAUGGAUAGGUGGCUAUUCAAGCUGAGUUUCCUGCGACUCGGUCAGUUGGCCUUCCAAAGGGGACAAUAUGAGCUGGCCGAAAAAGCAUUCGAUAGCUGUUUGCCUGCCAGACGCAAGAGCUUUACAGCCAACUAUGGCAAGGGACUGACACUCUACCAUCUCAACCGCCUGGAGGAAGCCAUUCCCUAUCUCUCGCGAUGCACUGAAGUCGACAUCUUUAUACCCGAUGUCUGGGGAUACUUAGCUACCAUUAACCUACGACUUAGCAGAAAUAAGACGGCCUUGGAAUGCUGGAAGGUGGCUAAGCUGGUUAGUAUAUCUACGGCUCUAAACUUCUUACUGCGUCUAAAAUUUCCCCUUAAGUACCCCGAAGUAAGCAUCAGCAAGAGCGUUUAUGCCGAACUUGAUAAGAUCCGGUACUCUGAUGUACAUCUGCUCGUAGAUGAUGAUGGAAACCCGUCCGAGAAGAUGUCGAAAGCGGACUUUAUUCCUUUGUAAUUUGGCGAAACAAAAGGCAUUAGAGUAACCCAAGAAAAUAUGAACCACGGAGUAAAAUGCUCCUAAACAAACACCUCCCAUGUCACGCCUUUCAUCAAGUUUGGCCAGCAUUUAUCACUUUAAUUCAGUGGCCUGCGCUCAGGUGAAAUUAAGUAUACGCACACGCAUAUGUUUACAAGGUAUUUCGGUCCCUAAAUGUCCUUCGCCUGCCUCGUCGAGCUGGCGCUUGUCAAAAUUUUAGCCGCAGAGCGGCAGCACAUACGUGAAUAUGCCAACACAAUGCAUUUUUGGCCAAGGGCGAACCGCCACAGCAAUAGCAAUAACAAAAGCAACACCACCAGCAAACCAACAACGACAAAACAGAAACAAGUGAGAUACGUAGUUAAACCCUUUUGGCCAACACUCAACCCAUGACAGGUGUUUGCGCUGCAGAGCCCCAGUGGGGUAUAAGGAACUGGCCAAUUAGCUUGGCCGUCUUCAAUGAAUUUCCAGAGCUUUGCGAGUCACCCAUGUACUAUUUGAUUUUGUUAAUUUAUUUGCCUAAUUAUAAUUUGUGUAUUGCCAAAGUUGGCACUAUGUUUGCCCAUUUUUAGAUAGGUGUUUGCUAUAAUUCGCUAUAAAUCGUUUUAGGAAUGCUGUUUUUA